UCUUUUAGCCAACAUAUGAUUACAAGCCUAACAUGAGUCCAGAUUGAGCACUGCCUCAAAUGCUCUACAAGCAGGCGGGAAAGUGGUUUGGAUUGGUACGAGGCCCAAUGUAUCCUACGAGAAAUUCUGCUAACUUGUGACUUAAGAUACUGGGUCUCCAUUGCCGCGGAUGCGUCUACGUGAAACACUACAAAGAUGUAUCCAGCACUCCAAAUCGUCUCAGACUGUAGAGGAGCUAGUCCGAAGCUUAACUCACAUUAGAGCUCAAUCUCUACCUCAUCUACUUGCGCUCCUGCUCCACGGCCCGUCGAACUUCCCACCCGAGGGCUGCACCUUGUUAGUCGUCGACUCUGCCUCAGGACCGUUCCCGUCAUAUUUCCCCAACCCAACUGAGCUCAAAGCUCGUCUUUCGCAGUCGAAGACCAUCGAUAAAUCCCAAGUUCAAUGGCUUAUGAAUCGAAAUGCCAACGUCACAAGCGACUUAGCAAAUCAGCUCACGAAACUGGCGACAACCCACCAAAUGGCAGUCCUUGCUAUAAAUCAGACUAGAACUCGAAUUAAGGGUCAGCCACGUGCGACGCUUUGUCCUGUCUUGUCCGGUGGAUCGUGGGAAAGCAGUAUAAACACUCGCCUCGUUUUAUACCACGAUUUUUAUACCACCGAGGACGCGUCUGACAGCAUUCGGUUCGCCGAAGUGAUGAAAAGAGCCGGAAAGUUAUUGGCCGUGCGUUUGGAGGAGAACAUUAUUCCAUUCGUUAUUGAGACGGUAAGCUCUCACAGUCUACAAAUUCUUCAUUCGCUUACAGUGAGAAGGACGGUCUGCGAGCCUUAGGCAAUCAUCCGUCGCCUCCUAUGGCCGCUUUCAAUCCGGACGAGGGACAAGACCCAAAUAUACAGAGAAAACGAAAGGUGGAUGAAAUUGCAGACAGUCAAGAUGAAGAUGACUCCGAUGCCGAAUACGGAUGGGUCGACGAGGAUGCCGGCCUUCUCG